CCUAUGGAUGUUAUUGAUCUACAAGCUCAGGAAUACGUUAGUCUGCUGUUGAAAAAUAAAAUUUUGGAUAGGGAAUCAGGGUUGGGUUCCGAGAGGCUGGAAGAUAGAGAUAAUAUUAACAGGACCCACGGACUAUAUAUUCUUGUAACUCCAGGGAAACAGUGGCACACGUUGUCACAAGGUUCAGCCAUGAAUCUUAGCCCGUAUAAACCCAUUAAAUAACUAAAAUGACAUGGAAAUAUGCUAUAUAACGUUCCAUGACCACCGUGAUAGGCUACUCCAACACGAGAAACUGUUAGUAUAGGAAACCCUACAUCCUGCCUUGACUAAAUAGUGGCGAACAAGACUAGUGCAUGCAUCCAAUGAACGAUUCGAUGGUUGCCGGCUGGAUUGAGUCACUCCAUAGUGACGAAGCGGAAUUUUAGCACAUGGGAAAGUGUAACAAGCUGUAUCCAGAAAUACAACAUGGUUAUUGAUGCCC